CGCGCCUCCCCACUCGUGUAAAUAGCUUUUGGCUUCACCAAUUCUGACAUCGACGAACGAGACUUGGGAGAUUGCAAGCCAAGCCAUCAAUCAUUCUGCGACUUCAAACCCUUCCCUCUCUCCCGUUUUCUUUCCAUUUCAUCACUUUCGAUCUCACAACUCGAAGCCAUCGUCGUCUUCAGAUCGACGCCCAGUUCCUCUUUCGAAACCCUACUUCCACAUUCGCUCUUCUCCAUCGCCUUCGCUUACUUUCAGCUUGAGAUCGACAAUCUAGCCCUGAUUUUGAAUACAGAAUCGUGAGACAAGAUGUUUGGUUCUACUAACCCUUUUGGGCAGUCAUCUAGCAGCCCGUUUGCAUCCCAACCGGUCUUUGGGCAAACCAGCAACACAAGUAACAAUCCUUUUGUUCCCAAGCCUUUUGGUAGCACAACUCCGUUUGGUGCCCAAACAGGGAGUUCCAUAUUUGGCGGCACUUCAACUGGUGUAUUUGGUGCAGCUCAAUCUUCUUCACCUUUUCCUUCCUCAACGACCUUCGGUGCUGCUUCAUCUUCACCAGCUUUUGGAAAUACAACUCCUUCUUUUGGAGCUGCUUCUAGUGCGGCUUUCAAUAGUUCACCAUCACCUUUUGGUGGUUCAUCUGGUUUUGGUCAGAAGCCUGUUUUUGGAGCAUUUGGGUCCAAUACUACUCAACCAAGUCCUUUUGGAAGCACAACUCAGCCAUCACAGCCAGCAUUUGGGAGUGGUAUAUUUGGUUCCACCACACCAUUUGGUGGAUCAAGUCAGCCAGCAUUUGGUGCUACCACCACCCCAACAGCCUUUGGUGGUACAAGUAGUCCAGCGUUUGGUGCUACGACCACCCCAGCGUUUGGUGCUACAAGCACCCCAGCAUUUGGUGCUACAAGCACCCCAGCCUUUGGGGCUACUAGCAACACCCCAGCCUUUGGGGCUACUAGCACCCCCCCAGCCUUUGGGGCUACAAGCAGUCCAGCCUUUGGUUCCACAACAAGUCCUACGUUUGGAAGCACAGGAUCUGCAUUCGGGGUGUCAAAUUCCUCCGUGUUUGGAUCUACGGGAGCAUUUGGGGCUUCAAGCACCCCAGCUUUUGGUUCAUCUGGAUCCACCUUUGGUACUUCAAGCAAUCCAGGUUUUGGUGCGUCAAGUGCUCCUGGUUUUGGUUCAUCCAGUACUCCAUCUUUCACCUUUACAUCAGCUCCUGCUUUUGGCCAAUCAAAUUCUACAUUUGGUAGUUCCUCAUCUCCAUUUGGAGCACAGAAUUCUCCAUUCGGAGCUCAGCCAACACCAUUGGGGAACAAUACCUUUGGGCAGUCAGCUUUUGGGGGCCAACAACGUGGUGGUAGUAGAGUGGCUGCAUAUACAGAGACUCCUGAACCAGAUGGUGGUAGUGGGGCUACUGCUGCAAAAUUGGAGUCAAUAUCAGCAAUGUCAGUAUAUAAAGACAAAAGUCACGAAGAACUACGCUGGGAGGAUUAUCAAUUGGGGGAUAAAGGUGGUCCAGCUCCUGCUGGUGGGAGUGCCUUUGGCAUGUCUACGGCACAACCAAACUCUUUGAAUACUGCGUCAUCAUUUCCUCAAGUGUCUACAAGUCCUUUUAAUACCGCAACCGCACCUAAUUUGUUUACUCCAAAAACUCCAUCCUUCCCUUCUACAGGCUUUGGAACAUCGUCUACACCAUUCAGUUCAUCAACUUUUGGGCUUUCUACCUCAACCAAUAUUUUUAACCCAUCAUCAUCUCCCUCGGGUUUUGGACAAACCUCAUCUCCAUCUCUCUUUACUUCAUCGGCGCCAUCCACAUUUUCAUUUUCUGCUCCAGCUCAAACAUCAAAUUCCACAUUUAAUACGGGAAUAUUCAAUUCCACUGCUCCAGUUGCACAGACAGGUAGUACUUUUGGACUAAGUACCACUUCGUUUGGGCAGAACACGGCCCCAUUUGGUCAAUCAAAUGCAUUCAAUACUCCCUCUACUGGUUAUGGUUUGGGAAGCUCCUCUACUGCUAGUGCUACAAGCAACCUGAUGGGUUUUAGUCAACCUACUCCUUCUUUUUCCCAGCCUUUCCAGUCAUCUCAGCCUCCUCAGAACAGUGGGUUUGGAUUCAACAGUUUUAAUCAAACUCAGCCAGGCAAUACAGGUGGCUUGGGUGGUUCAGUGGGAAUUCUUGGGCAGAAUAACUUUGGACAAUUGUCUGCUACUCAAAGCUCUGCAGCUGUACAACCAGUACCUGCUACCAAUCCAUUUGGAACGCUCCCUGCAAUGCCUCAGAUGUCAAUUGGUCGUGGUGGAACUGCACCAUCAAUUCAAUAUGGGAUUUCAAGCAUGCCUGUUGUAGACAAACUGGCGCCUGUUAGAAUGUCAUCAUCUUUAGUGACUUCUCGACACCUGACUCAAAGGCGGGUCAGAUUGCCUGUGAGAAAAUAUUAUCCUAAGAAUGAUGAUCAAAGGUUCCCUUUCUUUAUUGAUGAUGAAGAAACAGUCAAUACCCCCAAGGCAGAUGCUCUUUUCCUUCCCAGGGAAAACCCAAGAGCGCUCGUCAUUCGUCCCAAAGAACAGUGGCCUUUAAGGGCCAGUGCCGAGAAAGCAUCCCCAUUAAAGGAUACUUCUACUCCGGUGCAUGAGAAUGAAACUCCACAUGAAGAUGGCAUUGUCAAGGAGCGUGUGAAUCAUGUCAAAGCCAACCAGAAACCUAACGGAGUCCAUGAUGAUCAUUCUAUUCAGAAAGCGGACUCAUAUAUGACACUGAGUGGGCAUAGAGCCGGUGAGGCUGCUAUUGUAUAUGAGCAUGGCGCUGACAUUGAGGCACUAAUGCCAAAGCUCCGGCGCUCUGAUUACUAUACAGAGCCUCGAAUUCAGGAACUGGCGGCAAAGGAAAGGGCAGAACCUGGGUUCUGCUGUCACGUCAAGGAUUUUGUGGUCGGACGAGUUGACUAUGGUAGCAUCAAGUUCUUUGGUGAGACAGAUGUGAGACGCCUUGAUCUGGAAUCUGUGGUGCAGUUUAACAAUCGGGAGGUGAUAGUGUACAUGGAUGACAACAAGAAACCUCCAGUUGGGCAAGGCCUCAAUAAACCUGCUGAGGUAACACUUCUCAACAUUACAUGUAUGGACAAAAAAACAGGGCGCCGGUUUACAGAAGGGCCAAAAACUGAAAAAUACAAGCAGAUGUUGAAGAAGAAAGCGGAGGAUCAAGGUGCCGAGUUUGUCUCUUAUGACCCCUUGAAAGGAGAGUGGAAGUUCAAGGUAAGCCACUUCAGUGAGUACAAGUUGGGAGAUGAAGACGACUGGGAUGUGGAUGGUGCUCAAGAUUGCUGACGGAAGAUGGAGUCGAUGUGUUAAAUAUGUGGUCUUUUGUGUGUUUCCGACCAAGGGUUUUGUCAUGGAUGAAGAUUAAUUUUGGAAUUGUAUAGAACUUAGGGAUAAGUGGUACCGUAUAUAGCUUUGGAAGCGAUGUUUGCGCUCUGACUAUAUUACUGGUGUGUUGGUUGUGUUUUGGGUUUUAGAGUCGUGUUUUGUCGUACAUUUCUAUUCUUUUCAGUGUCAUUAUUGGUCUUUAUUUUUACUUGGUGUUUUGAUGGUGAAGCAGAGAAUAUUGGUUGGGUCAAAAUUCAUAUUUGGGUUUACUGAAUUUGGUGUGAAAAGUGGAAAAAGAAAAAAGAAAAA